GUGGGAAUUCGUCAUGACGAGUCCGCCACCGGUGCUCAAGGAGGGAUACCUGACCAAGCGGAGCAAAGAUGCGGCGUUGGUGACCAACUGGCGGAAGCGGUACUUCCGCCUCGUGCCGGGCGAGCUAUUGUACUUUGAGUCCAAGGAGGAUCUGGAGCCUCGACGACGGAUUCAGCUGGGGCUGGACACGGUCGUGAGCUUGAACAACGACCAAGGGUACACGCUGUGCUUGUCCGUCAAGUCGUCCCCGACGUCCGAAGUCUUCUACGUGCAAGCCACGACUGAAGCGGAAAAGAAGGCGUGGGUUGACGCCUUGUUUGAUGCUGCGCGAUUCACAAAAGAUGUCGUGCGCAAAGCGUCGUUGCUGGAACCACCGCCGCCGCCGCCGCCAUCGUCGCUCAAGUCGCGAGAACUGUCCCGACAAGGAUCGUCGGUUGUCCAAGGCGGGGUAUUGCUCAACAUCCGAGUCGUCCAAGCCAAGGGGCUGAUUGCGGCCGACACGUCCGGCACAAGUGACCCGUAUGUCGGGGUGACGCUACUGGACAAAAAUGCAUUCCCAAUCAAACACACGACGCAGAAAACCAACAUUAUCGACAAAGCGUUGGAUCCAGUGUGGAACUGUGACAUGCGAUUUGGCGACAAAUUGGAUUUGAAUACCGUCGGCGCGAUUCGCUUUGAAAUCAUCGACCACGACAACUUUACCAAAGACGACAACAUUGGCGUUGUCACCGUGCCCCUCGGCUGCUUCAAGAUGAACGUUGCAAGUGCCACGUCAUCGGAGACGAUUGACCAUUGGUUUCACAUUGACCCGCCGCUGACGGGGGCACGGCCGACCACAAACUUGAUCGCGUUUGGCCAAAACGAACGGCAAAUGGACGAGCGAGACCACGGCGAGCUGCACUUGAUCAUGAACCUCAAAGGCGCGGGGCUCCCCGACUUCUUCCGCAACUUGGAGCUGCGCGGCUCCAGCCCCACCAAGCACCAGCUCACGUCGUCGCUGGAUGAAACGGACAACCGCCUCGAAGUGACGGUAGUCGCAGCCAAGGACUUGGUGUACGUCGACCCGAAGGACCCUACGGGUCAGCCCACAAACGCAGUGAACCCCAUGUGCGAAAUCACCCUCUUGGAUGCCAAGACGCACGCGGCCAUGAAAAACGAGCUCUUCCGCACCGUUGUGCAGUUCAAAACCAUCUGCCCCGUGUUCCCCGACGCCAACUUUGUGUGUGGCCGGGUGGCAGACAUUGACCGCGCGGGGUACGUCAAAGCAACACUGUAUCACGUGGAAAACGCCAAGCUGAGCGUCGCCCUGGGGUCGGUGGAAGUAGAUCUAAACACAGUCUCUGCAUUCAAGGUGGCCAACUGGUACCCGCUGUACUCGCACGCGUCGCCCCCGGCCAAAGUCGGAGAAGUGCGGUUGCAAUUGCUGCUCAUUGGAGAAACCCGAGGCGAAAAGGAACAGCGCGAGCAAAUCAAACGGGCCAUCAAUGCUGCAGCCAACGCCAAGUCGAUCGAACAGACAGAGUUGGAAAGCGCACAAUUCCUUAUGCUACAGUCCAUGCGAGACCUGGACGGCGCAAGGGUGUCGUGUGCCGAAGACGGAUACCAGAUCCGCCACCCCAAGUUUUACGGCGUCAACGGGUACCUCCACGCCGCCCAUUCGCAGCUGGUCAAGGCCAACACGCGACAUCAAACCCCCGAAGAUGUGUUUCAGAGUCGGGGGCAUAUUGAAGGCUACUCGUUGCUGGACGUGACUGUGGUUGGGGUCCACAACAUGCAGUUGGGGGAUCGCGUCAACAUGCCUGGGGUUGGCACGUACGCACGCAUUGACGUCGAGCCCACAGCGGCAGUCACCAAAGCCAAGCGUAUGUACAAACCGUACUUGGCACGCAAAGCUACAAAGACGCCAGCGAUCAAGCACAUGCAAUCCCAACGUGUGGUGCAGCACGACAGCGACGGACGUGAAAUCAACCUGAAUGUGGGGGCGGUGCGCCAUGCAAUCUGGGGCAAGACCCCCGUGGCGGGCGAAGUGUCGCCGAGCCGGCAGCGCAUCGGCCGCAACGAGUCGCGCAUGGAGCGCAGCCAAGUGAUGACGGAUGACCGGCCGUACCUGCGGGUGCGGGUUGUGUCUGGCCACAACUUUAUCGCAGGCGACUUGAACGGCUACAGCGAUCCGUACUGCACGCUGUUUCUGACCAACCCCCAAGACAUGCCAUACGAGCAGGAGAAGAAACGCACGGCGGUGGUGAGCAAGACGCUCAACCCAGUGUGGAAGCACGAGGACUUUACGUUUGGCUAUAACAUUGACUUGAACGACGCCAAGAGUCUCCUUGUGCAUGUCAAAGACCACAACAACAUUGGCAAGAGCACGCCGCUAGGACGGGUGGAAAUUCCUCUGCAAGAUCUGUGCCAAGGGUCGGCCACCACCACCUCGAUCAACUCGGUCGCAGUGACCAAGCGGUAUCCCAUCACCCCCGAGCCAUGGAUGAAAAAGCAAAACUUGCAUUUGGGGGAGUUGUGCCUUGAAACCGAAGUCAUGGGCAACGCGACCGUGCUCGCCAAGUUGCUCAUGCGUCAGAAUCAAAUGCUGACGAGCAUGACGUCGGCGUUGUCUGUGACGAGCGAGGGAAGCGUCGGUGCGGACGCGGUCCUGUCCAUGGAAGAAGACGAGUCCGUAUAUGAAGACGGUCAGAUCAUUCGGACCGUGUCGGUGGCUGGCAGCGAACCGCAAUGGACCACGGACCGAUUUCAACUGCAGCUGAGCUACAAAGGCCUCCUGGCGGAUAUUGGCCCCCCCGUCGUGUACCGGAACGAAGGCUUUCCGUACGACAUCCGGGUCACCGUCAUGUGCGGGCGGAACCUCAUCACAUGUGACCGCAACUCGGAAGCGGAUCCGUUCUUCACGGUCACGCCGGUGUGGGGCAGUGGCGACGUCUUGUUGGCCGCCAAACGGCAAAGCCUCACCGUGUAUGAGAGCCGCAACCCCGUGUGGCCGACACAAGAGUUUGUGUUUGGGUCCAACUUUGACGUAACUCAAAUGUCGCAUCUGUCGGUGCAUUUCUACGACCGCGACUGGGCCGAUUUGGACACGAGUGUGCUCAAGAAGCUCGGGAAUCCGAACGAAACGCACAACUCGGUGGUCGUGCCGAGGUCGCAGCUGCGCAAGGUCACCCCGUGGGGUGACGUCGACGCGGCCCCCAUCACGGACGUCCUCGAGUACGAUCAGAAGGUGCUGGCGUUCCGCAAAUGUGGCGCGGACGGCGGCAACUACUUUCCGGCCCGCGUCCGCCACUACACCCCGUUUCCAUCUGACAUGUACCUUGUGUUGUUUGAAGACAGCUUGGACUCGAUCUCUAAGAUACGAAAACUCAUGAGCUACGACGUGCAAGGCGAAAUCGCGUACGUCCGAGGCGACGGCACCGUGGACGUCAAGUUGGUGGCGGGCGGCAGAGGGGAGUACCUUUCCCGCGUCCCCAUCCGGACGUUGAAGCCCGUGAAAGCAUUCAAUGAUGCUGUGGACACGUCGGUCGUGCAUUCAGCUUCGACGACAACGGCGAGACACGACAAGUGGGAACAAGUGCAAUUGCAAGUGUUGUCGCUGACAGAGUUCCCACUGCCGAACCCGAGCGUCCGCCCCGCCGUGAUUGUGACCUUAGUUGCGUACUCGAUUGACCACGCCGGCGUCACGACCAACUCACGGGGGGAAAUUCUGGCCACGGCUGCGUCGAAUAUCCCCACCGACGAACAACCCAAGUCCCCCAAGUUUGGGGGCAAGUGGAGUAAAAAGGGCAAGACCCCCACGGCGACUACGUCCACGUGGACUUAUGUGGUUCCGGCUGGAAGCAAUAAUCCGGGCAGCAUCAGCCUCAGCAGCUCCGUGCCCCCUCUCGUGCUGGACAAGCCCUUCUUGGACAGGACGGUGGCGUUGGUUAUCCGGAUCGUUGACCAAGGCUCUGCGGACGUUCCUUCGCUGGACCAUCCAUGCUUGGGACUGGUCAAGAUUGACCUGGCCGCAUGUGACGAGGGCGUGGGCAACUGGCACUUAAAGAUCGUCCCCCCCGAGACCUCUCAGCCGUACAACAAGUAUUACGGUGCCAUCCACGUCCGCACCACCUGCGCGCCUCGCAUUGUCGACGACGAUGUGAUUCUGCCGGGGCUGACCCCCAAUACCUCGACUGCCUUGGUGAUUAAAGGCGUCGCGGAAUGGUACAAUGACGUCUUGCGAAAGGAAAGACAAAUGGCCGCGUUCAACUGGAAAGCGCUGUGGGUUCCAGAAACUGUGGUUGUGUACACAUACCUGGCUCGGCGCCAGGCGCUGCGGGGGGCCCUCACGGCCCGCCAGAACCGACAAAUCGAUAAUUUGGGCACUGCACUCAAUGCCAUCUACCGCCAUGUCCUGGGGGCAUUGCGGGAAAUCGCCCUCUUCGACGAGUUUGAAGGGCUCUCGCGCGACGACAUGCUCAAGUUCAACGCCGUCCACACGUUAAGCGCGCACCCUGACAGCGAGUGGCUGAACCGCCGCAUCAACGAAAUGAACGUGCAUGUCCGCAAGAAGAUCGUUGUGGACCUAGAAAUGCAGCUGCUGAUGAUCGCCGGUGUCCGAUCGCUGCCCGAGAUGCCACUCCCGGACGCCGACUUGGAUUCGUGGCUAGCAUUGCGCAAGGCCAGACAAGACGCCCUUGCACCAUUCAGUGACUUUUUACCUAUGGAGCGAGGGUUGCUGCUCAAGUACUCGGCGUGCUUCACGGGCGAAGGACUAGUGUCGUGGAUCCUUCGUCGCCCCAGCGUGCUAUGGCAAGACGAGUGGGUGCAGUUUGCCUGGAACGAGCUCAGCGACGACAACACUAAGUUGAAUUGGACCGACCCAGAACUGCUUCUGAACGCGGAGGCGAUGCAAGCGCCUGAGGGUCGCGAGCACGUCGUGGUGUGGCUCAAGGCGCUGUUCGACGUUGGCCUUGUCGAAAGCGUGAGCGAGAAGCGCGACUUUGCCGACAAAUCGGACCGAUUCUACCGCAUGCACAACCUCGAAUUCGAGCGACUGCACAUCCGCGCGGCGGACAGCACGGCGCCAUUGGAUUUGGUACGGGAGGUCGACUGCGAUACGAGCGAAGGCGAACUGUUUUGCAAGAAACUGACCAGCCACGCCGCGGGGUUCCUCGGAACGCUGAGCUCCGUGUCAAACAUGAUCGGUAGCGCUGUCGACGCCGUCGAGAGCCUCGGCCGAGUCAAAGUGCCCCACUUGACCGUCCCGAACGUGUCGACAUCGCUGCGACUGCCCCAAGAAACGCUAUGGCAGUGGCGGUACUGCAUCUUCCGUCCAGAUCACAAAUACCUGUACCUGUACGAGUCUGUUCAUACAACCAAUGCGACGGUGGUCAUCGACUUGUCCGGUACCAACACGAUCGUCACUUACGCCAACCCGACAGCCCACGGCCCCGACUGCUUUGAAAUUCGCCAGCCCGUUUUCUUGAUCCCCCAUCCGUCCACGAGCAAGUUGAUGCGCAUGACGGACGCCGACGUGGACGCGAGUUUUCUGGGCAAACUGCCCGACUUGAAGGCCAAGGUGGUGCUCAAAGCGCAGGAUUCCCAAGUAUGGAUGCAGGCCAUGCUCAUGGCGGGCGUCAAAGUGACGCUGGAGAAGCGCCAAAAGGUGCUCGUGUCCCGGCUCAACGCGGCAGUGUUACACUCGAAGUGCAUUGAGCAUUCUCUCAACUUUUCAUCGAGCGACCUCGAAGGGUCGUUCCAGCACUUGAUGAACCGCGUGUUUGGCCACGAUCAAGUCGCCCCCCGGAGCUCAGACCGCCGUGUCAAGGAGGUGCGCGCCCGCCUUCGCGCCGAGCUCAAGAAAGCAGGCGCCGAAGGACUGGCGAUUUCCGCCAAGUAUGCCCGAAGCAAUCGGUUUGAUCCUGGUCCUACCGACCCCCGCAAGUACACUCCAGGGUACGAGUAUGCGGCGCGCAUUGUGGCCAUCCGCACACCUUUUACCGACGCAACGUACCCCGUGAAGAAGCAGUUCUUGAUCGAUGCGGCGCCGCUUCGGUUGAAGGAUCUGCUUGAACGCUACAAGAUCACGACGCGGGCGUCGUGGUUGGAGCAGCCGAUUGCGAUCCGCGACUUGUUUUUGCUGUACGACGUCGAGUACAACAACAACAUGGAGACUGUGAUCGAGAAGGACAUGCUCCGCGAAGACUUCCGGACAAUGGACGGCGACUUGGACCCGGCAAAGGUUCGCGACAAGUGCCUGGACCUCAACUACACGUUCCGCCCCACCGACCUGGAGGGGUGCGUGAGCCAGUUCGCCGAGUGCACCAACGGUGAAACUCCCAUGGGCUGCUUCAAAAUCCAGCUACAGUCGCUGUCGGAACAGCGCGAGAUCGACUGGUGGUACAAAUUGGCCCCGGAGAGGGGGAUGCUACAGCGCCGGGAGCUCGGAAUGGUCCGCGUUCGGGUGGAAAUGAAAAAACAUGACAAGAAGACGUGUGUUGGGAGCACACCGCUGCCGCCGCCGUUGGCGCAGCAGGUGGAGCGGGCGAUUCAAAUGCAAAACAAGGCGAGCAGCGUCAACGAUUCCAACUGGUUCAAUCGGCUCAAGAAAACCAUUUCGUCACCAUUGGGGUCCCCUGCUAAGGUUAACAAACCACCGGUCUUGUCGAUCGUGCAAGUGGACAUUGUCGAGGGGCGCAAGUUGAUCAUUUCCGACAUCCGAACGUCCGACCCGUAUGUAGUCGUUUUGCUCGUCAACAUGCAAGAUGAAGAAAAGGCCUGCGGGAAGACCGACAUCGUGCCCAGCACACUGAACCCCAAGUGGAAAAAUCAGCAGUUUACCCUUGGCCGAACCGACGAAACGCAUCUUCACGAUAAGAAAGCGCUGCUGCUGCGCCUUUUUGACCACGACACGUACAGCGCCAACGACCCCAUGGGGUACCUCAAGCUCGAAUUCGGCAAGGACGAGCGCGGAUAUAUUCGAAAAGUCAAGUUGCACCACUCGGGGCCCGGAGGCUCGGCGACGUCGACGGUGCUGGACGUGUCCAAGAAUGGCGAAGUCGAAGUGUUUGAGCGGCUUUUGAGAGACACCAAGGCGGGCCAGUCGACGUGGGCAAAAGCCAAAGGCAACUCGGACGAAGACGGAGUGCUCGGUCGACUUCGCUUCAAGCUCAAGUUGACCCACCAAGAUUAUGUGGAUGACAAAAAGGUGGCAGUAGUAGGAGGAGCAGCUGCGAAUCACACAACCGCCUCUCCGUCCACCCAAGUGGUUAUCAACACGUCCAACCACUUGACUCGUUUUGCAGCCGAAAUUAUGCUCGCCAGCGUCGACAACGACGAUCUCCUGGACACGAUGACAUGGGCGUUGGUGCCCCGUACAGUGGAAGGGCAUGUGAUCAUGUACGAUGCGAAAGCCGAGCAAAUGAGCCACGACAGCAAGAAGGCGCUGCGAGAACAUGUCCACCAGCAGGCCAUUUGUGGCUUAACCUACGACGUCACAAGGGUGGCUGCGUACGACGUGGUACUUCACCACAUUGAAAAAGGGCGCACGUUUGUCGGCUCGUGGCCGUUGCAUCCGGCGAUGGACAGCACACCCGUGGCGGUAGCGUGCAAGUGCACUGAGAAAGGAGACGCCAGUGUGAUCCAAGUGUCGCUGGUCGUAUCGUUUGUCGGGCUCAACCGCGCCGACUACAUCAAACGCGUCUUGACCGAGACGUACCAGCACGCCAGUUUGGAGUUUGACGCACGGAGUGUGGCGGCGCUCGGCGAAACUGCCGAGCAGUUUCUGUGGGAUGUGUGCCACGUCCCAGUGUCGCCCGGUCAAAACCUCAGUGAAGUCUUGUUGGCGCAGCUGCAUAAAAUGCACGCGAGUACGACUUUGCACUGGAAACACACGCCUAAGUUGCUCUUGUUUGUGCUCCAUCACGCGUUGGCCGCCAACACCAAGGACCGGCUCCAGUUCCGCCACACGGUUCCCCUGGACGAUAUUUUGAAACGAUGGUCCAAACUCCUGAGCUUUGUCGCAGAAGCCAAGUCGCAGCUCACGGGGCGCCUGCACGGGGAACUCACCCCCCGGCUCAUUGGCACCCUGGCAUCGCUCUGCGACUGGACAGACCUACCCGACGUAGAGACUGCCACCCGAUCGCUGCCGCAAUUGCAUGUCGGUGACAUCGUCCAGGCCAAUGUCCCCACUCGCGCCACCCUCCAAGUGGGUCGCCUGGUGGAUGUGCGGCUAGGAACUUCCAAGUACCCGGACGGAGCAACCCAAUUAUACCCUGGCCGCGUCGUCAAGACAUACCCCGACGAGUUUGUGGAUGUGCUCGUCGCGGCCAACCUGCACUGGUCCGUGUCGUUGGCGAUUCCAGACCACGUCCUUCCGCAACUCCACCCUGGAGAUGUCGUGUAUGUUGGAGAUGUGACACUGUUUCACGAACUGCGCCAAGCAACCAUUGUCGACUACAACGCAAGUCACGACGCGCCAGAGACGCCAUACUUGGUGGCCUUCACGGACGAAGUGCCGCCCGUGUCGAAUCGACCUGUUGAAGUAUGGUGCCGUCGCGACCAUCUGGUUCAAAUUCUACCGCGCGUGGCUGUAGCUGAUGUGCUGCCCCAACUCCAACUCCACGAGUUUGUUCAUGUGUCGUCCGAUCAUGGGAAAGCUACCAAAUCGGCCAAAAUCACGGAAAGUCAUGGCAACGGCACGUAUUCGGUGCAGUUUAUCGAAGGUUCGUUGGCGGUGGAAGCAAACGUUGGUCGCGAUAGGCUGAGUCCGGCUUCUACCUCCACGCUGGUGCGCGGUGUGGUCACCCACGUCCACCCAAACGGCGAUGUGUACGACGUUCUGCAGGACCAGAGCUGGACGAUGGCAGCGGCCCUUCCCCGCGACUCUCUGCGCCUGGGCCACGAAGGGUGGAACACUGAUCGGUACCAUCUGAGCUCAGUGUAUCUCGUCGAUGUUGCUUGUGGUCUGCCUGGGUCGGACGUGGCGGCCCAACUAGUGCGAUUGUGGCAAGAUGUGAAUGUGAUUCAAACCAUGUUGGAGCUGCCAGGGGCGGUGGGCUCUGUGAGCUCUCGUGACAGUCUCCGGGGGAACCUCGUGCAACUGGUUGAACGCGACAACGCGGCCCCAAUCAUGCAAGGGCAAUACCACGGAUACACGCUUGGAUCGAAGCUGGAAGACGUCGACAAGCGCAAAGUGAUGCACUUGAAAAACCAGCCGCAGGAUCAAAUUCCAUGGGCCAACAUCGUCGCGGUCACGGUCGCGCCCGAGCCGUACGUGUCCAUCCCGGGGUCGCUCAACCUUUCCGGAGCCAACUCUCGAGCCUUCCGAGCGCUGCUGGAUCAGUGCAAGACCCAAGAGGUCGGGGCGGCCUUGACGCGGCAGCUGGUUGACGCUAUCCAGCAUGUCUGGUUGCCAUGGACACGGGAGAUGCCGUCCGUCCGGGUAGCCGCCAUCACAUCCACGAUCAACGGCAAAGCUGUCAAGGACGUGAGUUUGACUUUGUUGGGGUCGAUCGAUGCGGCGUAUGUGAGCACCGGCAAGCGCAUCAAGGGCGUGGCCCCGCACCUUCUCACCAUCCACGUGCGCUUUGAAAUUCUGUUGCCGUUCGUCGGGCAAAAUAACUGCGCGGCAGACGCGGCGAUGGCGGCGCUGGAUCAUGCAAACGCGAUCGUGUCGACACUCGCCGAAGUAUCAUCCCUCGUGUAUGUACCGACCAAACUCGAGUCGUGGAGCUUGAUGUGUACCGACGCCCUCGAUGUGCCGAGCGACGCAGUUUUGUAUGCUGAUAUUUCCAGCUUGGACUUGCGCGGCAACCCCAAGCCAGCCCUUGCCCUGAAAGCCCUAGACGACGUCCGGUUGAAUAUCGUGACCACUGACGGCACGACCUUUGAAGUCACGUUGGCCGAGUCGACGCUUCGUCAAGAAUGCCAAUUGCGCCAUGACUUGCUUCCGUUGUGUCCGGCGGUGGUGGUGAGCCCCGUGGUGACUUCCACCGGUCGCUGCGACGUUCAGUUUGUCGACGAUCCGGAUGCGGUGCCCCAUUCCAUUGCGUUGGCUGAUGUUCGACUAGACAACUUGACCGUCGAAGUGCUCAGCGCUCGGGACUUGUACACGACCAUGUUGCGCGACGGCAAACGCCAGGACGAAGACAUUAGCGUCCGGGUGUACUUGAUGACCGACGAAGUGCCCCCGAAUGGCGGCGGGCGCAAUCGACUCGGCUACACUGUCGCAUCUGAUGGCACGGUCGUACGAGACUUGAAAGACAUUGAGUACCCGCGCACGACGACCACUGAAAUCCUCAAGAGCAAACUGCCCGAUUGGGAGAAGAGCCAAAAACUCAAGAAAUUCUACUUUGGCCAUCCCACGGUGGACUUGACCCACAUGACAAUGCUGGCGCUAGAAGUGGUGAGCCUUACAACCGGCAAAACCAUUGGCAUCCACACUACGCCGUUGGCGAAGAUCCAAGCCCGAGAGGCCACUCGGACAGAAGUGCUGUUCGUGAAGGGUGAUCCCCUCAACAAGGAACCUCAAGGCAACCUCACAUUCCGCGUGUGUCGUGACACUUAUGUCCAAGAAGGGUCGAACGUUCUUGCUCGACUUGGCUCAGCUCGCGACAAGUGGAUUCUCAGCCCCAUGGAGCUCCUCACUCAGUCCAUGAAGUUCAAAACCAAGCAUGCCGAACGGGGCUUGACGGACAAACUGGCAAAUGUCAUCGUCGUGAACAACGCGAUUGAGCAAGAAAAGGAAGUCCAGAAGCUGUUGCGGUUGGUCCGUCUUUUGACCGUCCAGGCCAGCUUAACGCCCGCGGGAAGAAGCCGCGGAGUUCGAUCGUUGACGGCGGCAUCCGCAUUUCCACCCCCGCCACCGACGUCGUUGAAUCAAGUGCAAGCCAAGCACAUUUUAGCCGCGGGCAUUGCCACGGCCGAAACCGUCUUGGAAUUGGUGCAAUCAUCUCGGGGCCUGUCAUCCACUCGAUCGCUCGUUCGACGCAAAUGGUCGGCCGAUUACGUCGACGAGGACUUGGCUGAUACCUACGAAGUGGACGUCGAGCAGCGGUCGCCCUUCGAUGUGGCCACCGACCGCCUCCGCAGCACACUGCUCAAGCUGCAUGGGGUGUGCAGUCGGAAACUGCUGCCAAAGUUGGACGAGAUGGCGGCGAUGGCGUUGGCAUCGUACGUGCAUUUGGACAAGGCGCAGUCACUGCUGGCGUUCUUCGAAGACGAAGUCGAAGACUUGGAUCAUGAGGACUUUGAAACGUUUGACCGACUCCAAAAACGAACGCGGGUGAUUCAGCUCACCCAACUAGUCAGCGACCUCAUGCGCUCAUUCGUCAAGAUCUCCAUUUUGGUGGACCAGGACUCCAAGGGGCAUGCGGGGGUGCGGGGGGACGAGCUCGUGGGUGUCGCCAUCAUCCCGCUAAUCGACUUGAUUGAUCGGAAGGAACACAACCAGCAAUACGCGCUUCAUUUGGAUCGAAUGUACCGCGACCAGAAAACCCCAGCUAAUUCCGGCUACGACCGGAUUCUCCGACGGGGUACCGUGCACGUCAAGACAAAGUUGACGUUUUCAGAGGUAUCUUUGCUGGAAACAGCGAUCGUAUUGCUUAAAGAGUACAAAGCCCAGUACAUUUACCAGUUUGAAGUAUCCCGUCGCCGGGUGAAUUCGGCCGUGGUGCCCGCCCAACGUCGUCGGUGGCAGACGCUCCUUGGGUAUUUGGAGGCGCUGCGACUCCAAUCCACGGGCAAAUUGCACUGGGAGACGACACCGACGCUCCUGGAGCACGUGUGGGACAUCUUUCUCAGCCACAAGCGCCAACUGCCAACGUUUUUGGCCAACUUUUCGUCCCAAGUACACAUGUAUCGUGAAGUCGUGGUCAAGGUGCACACGCGGUGGGUGAACUUGCAGCCCAAGUUGAACGAGUUGCUGGAGAUUCAGUCGCAGCCGCAGAUUCACGCGACGCGCACGCCGCACCUCAUUGCCGAAAUCGAGUCGGAAAUCGAGGGCCUAGACGUCCUUCGCAACACGGCCUGGCUACAAGUCCAAGGCAAGUGGCUGGCGCUGGAAGGCGCGCUGGAAGAGCUCGUUCAAAUGAAAGAACGCAACAAGUUGCACAUGGGGCGUGCACCGUUGUUGCUGAAUUUCGUCGCUCAAAAGUGCUCGAAAGGGCUCAACGACCGGCAUGCCGACGCCGUGUCCACGGUGCAAUUCCGAUGGGUGGCGCUGACCAAGCACGACGGACCGAUCAACGAGCUGCGUCUUAUGGACACCCAUGGCCUGCACUGGCGCCGCACGAAUGACCUGCUCAUGCUCCUCAACGAGCAGUGCGAAGGAUUUAGCGACGUGGAUGAAAUCGCGCUCAAGGCCGUGACCGCUAGAUGGGCGCAGGUUGAGACGUGGUUGAGUGACUUUUUGGAGAUGCAGUUGGCGCACAAAAUUCACUGCCAAGAGGCCCCGCUCGCCCUUCGCAAGUUCAAUUUGAUCAAAGAUCACGCGAAAUUGCCUUCAACAUCGACCAAGGCCCACGACGAAGAGAGUGUCGAGGGCUUGAUGGAAUGGUAUGCCCAGGAAGAAUCCCGCCGAGAGCUGAUCCGCCUGCCAUACCACCGCAUCACCACUGACGCCGAACGAGACAACUGGCUCGCGUAUUCCGAGAACGGACGCGACUCACGACUGCUGAUCACCAAACAAGAGAUGCUGUUCACAUGCGACAACGUCCGCGCAGCACUCAUGGACCGCGGGGUCUUGCCAAAGUCCAUGCCAGUGUCUCAGAUCGACCAUAUCCACAAAUCCACGGGACUGUGGCCACGUGCAGUGUUGGAUGAGAUUGACAACCUGGAGCUCUUGGUCGAGCAAAACUUGCCCCUGCCAAACCCAGAACGUGUGGUGGAGCUGUACAAUGUGCUCGAAGAUGUGGGUAAAGGUGAUUUGUUGUGGAAGGUGAAACACUGCGUCAACCAAAACCAUGAGCUAGCCGUGCCAGAAACAUUCACGGAGCUCUUGUACGAGCUGAAAAAGCGGUACCUGUCCACGACCGAAGCCGAGGACUUGGUCAAGGGGCUGUUGAACACGAUGCAAAAGGAGCAACUCACGCGAUUGGGCAUCAACGUACCGGCCAACGCCAGCUACGCCAAAGUGUGUUCCAUCAUGGUCGCCAACCAGGUCAAGGAAGUUCCCCUGCCGUCCAAGACGUCCGACAUCCAGGACCUGCUGGUAGGGCACAACUUGGACAAGAAGGGCGACCCCGUGUUUUGCAGAGGGGUGCGGAUCAACACGCAUGCCCUAGGAAUGAACAAGGAACAUGGACAUUUGGGCAUUGUAGACAGGCACGUGGAGGCGUUGCGCAAGCAAUUGCUCGUAGAGGCGAUGCGGAAGCGCAAUUCGUUGGUCAAGACGUUCCCCGUGGCGUCGCCCGCGCUGAUGAAGGAGCUAGCGGAUGUCGUCGAGCUCGACAUGAGCGGCGACUACAUGGUGCUCGUCCACCGGUUCCACGACUGGCUCGUGCACGAAGCGUACACUGCGCGACUAGCUGGGUACGCCGCCCUGGACCGAUGUGCGCGGGCCCUAGUGCAAGCCAAACGAGACCAAGUGCUCACGAAAGAAGACAUGGCGGUGGGGCUAUUGACGCUCCAGUGUCGGCUGCCCCCCGAAGCGUUUACGCGGGACGAACUGUUGGAGGCCGCACGUAAGAACCCCGGCAAGAUCAAACCUCCGUCGGAAUCCCUUGCCAAAGCGUGUCCGACGGCUGAGAACGCCAAGGCCAUGGCGUACUACGCCGCCCUUCGCACCACGGCGCAUGCAUUCCAAAAACACUCGUCGUUUGCAUCUCGCUUCGACGCGGCGACUCAAAAGGCCGUGGACGCGAUGGACAUCCACCUGACGUUUGAAACGAUCCAGCAGACGUCGCUGCCGGACGACAAGUCCAAGCUCACGCUCGGGUAUAUGAUGGCCGACUGGCUGCUGGGCUGCGACGACACCCCCAUCAAGCUCAAGACUUUGGACGGGCAGUACUACAUGCAGCGGCUCCAGUGGGCGUCGGCCGCGUUUGCCAUUCGCCAUCGCUGGUGGCAGUUUGGGGUCGGGUGGUGCGACACCUCCCCCGCUGCCCAGAUUGGGGUAGGGGUCAAGGUAUUGCUGGACGACUUGCUGCUCAUGUCUGGCGAGAACAAGAUGCACAUGCUCAAGGCGGAGCACUUGCUCAAGGAGAUCAACACCAAGUGCUACCAGCUCCGUCCACGAGAGAACGAAGCGCUACAGAACAUUCUGUGGCGGUACAAUGAAAAUAUGGGGUUGCUCGAAGAGUUGGUGCAGCACGCCGAGCGGUGCAUCAACAAUCGCAAAUUGCACUCGGAACGCACCCCUGAGUUGCUGCACUUGAUCCAGCAACACUGUGUCGUGCCCAAGGGGUUGAGUACACGACAUAGCGAAGCGUACAGCGUGGUGACCAAACACUGGCUGCCGCACAGCCGCCAGUUGGAUGAACUCGUGCAAAUGCACAAAGAUGGCACGUUCAGCAUCAGUCGAACCCCCGAGCUGCUGGAGGCCAUGGCAACGCACACGGAAGGGCUGGCAGGAACGACUGAGACCGUCAAGCCUGUGGACGAUUCGACCAACCAACCGCUGGACGAAUGGAGCGAGAAACAGAUGGCAGAGUGGCGCAAAGGGCAGCGCAAGAGCCUCAUGAAUGAUAUUGAGCCUGGUGUGCAUUUGAAUGUGCCCGACGUGGCGCAGCUCUUGUCGCCAGACGAAGAAAAUUGGAAAUCGCUGGCGGUCGAGCCCAAAGCUAAGCCACCGAUUUCGCCCUUUAAGCGGAACGUGACAUGGUCGUUUGCUGAGGCGGCCAACCAGGGCAAAGACCAGGUCCGUGAUGCCACCAAGGUGCUCAACCCCAACAAUCCGCUGGACACGACCAUCUUACAGCUCGCCGCCAAGCAUUCCACCUCUCGGAAGCGCACCGUGAGCGAAGAAUUAUGCACGAUGCUCAAGGAGCCGACCAAAUGGCUCAUGUGCGGCGCGCCGCCGCCGGCCACUGCCCAGGCGCGCAUUCCAGCCAAGAAGUUCUUCCCGAUCCAAGUGGUGCAAGACGAAGAGUAGUAGUGUGGUCGCGUCGAUGUGGGGAAUAUAUAUAUAUAUAUGAUUGCUUGUCUGUUAUGAAUACGUCAAUUGUGCGUGAAGGAAUUUGGUGUGUUAACGUUAACUGGAAAUUUACCUCACGGGAAGUCCAUCACGGCAAGGCGCCGGCUUCGCGCAGCAUCGGCACGAGUUUGCCGGAUCGGUGCAACGCUUUGGUGUCGCUUCCUCCGCCGAUGGACGUGCCACUGACAAACACAUUCGGCACGGUGCGCUGGCCCGUGAGCUGAAAGCACGCGUUCUGCACGUCGUCGCCCGUGGGUUCGUCCCCCAUCCGGUUCAAUUCCACCACGUGGAACGUCGCGCCGGUGGACUUGAGCACUUCCUUGGCCAUCACACAGUACGGACAUGUCGUCUUGGAGAACACGACCACGGCAUGCUGAGCGAUUGCAUUCUUGACAAACUGGAGUCCGGUGGCCAUGAUGAGCAAUUGAUGGUGGCAAUACUCAAAUCUCACUUGGAGUUGAAUUCUAU